CCAAUCUGAGGCGCCAGCCGGGCACUGGAAGAAGGCAGAGGGUCGGCACUAGUGACACACUCGCGCAGCCCACGCGUUCUGUUCUCUCCAACUGACUCCCCGCCUACGCCGCAGCAGCAUGGACGCUCCGAAGCAGGUGGUCAAUUUCGGGCCCGGGCCUGCCAAACUGCCACGAUCGGUAUUGUUAGAGAUACAAAAAGAACUAUUAGACCACAAAGGCAUUGGGAUUAGUGUUCUUGAAAUGAGCCACAGGUCAUCAGAUUUUGCUAAGAUUCUUAACAACACAGAGAAUCUUGUGCGGGAACUGCUAGCUGUUCCAGACAACUACAAGGUGAUUUUUGUGCAAGGAGGUGGGUCUGGCCAGUUCAGUGCUGUUCCCUUAAACCUGAUUGGACGGAAAGCUGGAAGAUGUGCCGACUAUGUGGUGACAGGAGCUUGGUCAGCAAAAGCUGCAGAAGAGGCCAAGAAGUUUGGGACUGUGAAUAUUGUCCACCCUAAACUUGGGAGUUACACAAAAAUUCCAGACCUGAGCACCUGGACCCUCAGCCCUGAGGCCUCCUAUGUGUAUUACUGCGCUAACGAGACUGUGCACGGCGUGGAGUUUCACUUUAUCCCUGACGUCAAGGAUGCGGUGCUGGUUUGUGACAUGUCCUCAAACUUCCUAUCCAAGCCAGUGGACGUUUCCAAGUUUGGGGUGAUCUUCGCCGGUGCGCAGAAGAACGUCGGCUCCGCGGGGGUCACGGUGGUGAUCAUCCGCGAUGACCUGCUGGGCUUCGCCCUCACGGAGUGCCCGGCCGUGCUGGAGUACAAAGUGCAGGCCGCAAACAACUCCUUGUACAACACUCCUCCCUGCUUCAGCAUCUACGUCAUGGGCUUGGUCCUGGAGUGGAUUAAGAACAACGGUGGUGCAGCAGCCAUGGAGAAGCUUAGCUCCAUCAAAUCUCAAAUGAUUUAUGAUGUCAUUGAUAAUUCGCAAGGAUUCUAUGUAUGUCCAGUGGAGCCCCAGAAUAGAAGCAGGAUGAAUAUUCCAUUCCGCAUUGGCAGCGCCAAAGGGGACGAUGCCUUAGAAAAAAGGUUUCUCGAUAAAGCCCUUGAGCUCAAUAUGAUCUCCUUGAAAGGGCAUAGGUCUGUGGGAGGCAUCCGGGCCUCUCUGUAUAAUGCCGUCACGAUUGAGGACGUGCAGGAGCUGGCAGCCUUCAUGAAGAAAUUUUUGGAGAUGCAUCAGCUGUGAAUACAUCCUCUCCGACAUACACUGUACCCCCGAACCAUGUCUAAAUUUGAAAGUAACUCGAUGGCUUCAAAAACUUAACCGUGGUAUUUUUCUCAAAGGAACAUGCUUAUUGUAGAUUUUUCUUUUGUUUUUCGAAGAACAGCAAGAUAUCCACAGCUCUGCAAAGCUCGUGGAACAGACACCUUAAUUUUGACUGGAACCAGAAGCUUUUAAAAAAACCUUUAGCUUUUCUAAUGAUUCCAGCUUAUGUUAAUGUCUUUGCUGCUGCUUUUUCUAGCUAGAUCUCAGUAUUCAGACUUGCCUGUGGACUUACACAAAGUAUUAAUGUUUCAAAUUUGUAGCAUUGAGGGUGGGUGAGGUUCCUUAGGUGCUGAAUUUGCUCCUUUCCAAAAUGACAACAGCAGGGGCUCCUGGGUCCUACAAUUGUUAAUUCAGGUCAUCCUUGACCACGUGGUGAGUGUUUAGGAGUUCUAGGCUAAAGGGCCAGUUAGAGAUCUUUAUACUGUUACUCUCAUAAAGAGAUAAAAAUGACAUACCAUAUGUUUAUACAGCAAGCUCUGUUUUUAAUACCAAAUAGUUUAUAUCUCUAUACAUUUAUAUUUCUAAUGAUGUAGUACUCAGUAAUAUAUGUAGAGACUUUGGGAAUUUGUUAGAAUCCUGCAUCAUAUAUAGCAGUAUAUUUUCAAUGGUUUUGUCUCUUUCCUUCCUUUUGAAGCUGCUUCAAAAGAUUUAGAGGCUCCCCAAUUCACUUUUAUUUUCCUUUCAGUAGGUAGAAGAGAAGGAUGGUUGGUUGGUGCUUUACUUCUCAGUUAUGCUGUUAAACUAAAAAAAUCUCUGUUAAACUUCCUUAUCCUUUGUUCACUUGA